AUGCAUAAUAAUAACAAGGAUAGCAUAUUAGAAGAAAAUUCAUGGCAGAUUGAUAAUAGGAACGAUCCUAUCUUUGGGCAGGAUUCAAUAGAAAUUACAGCAGAAGAUCUAUACAAUCAGUCUGAUCUAACAGAACGUAUUCAGGAUGUAGAAAAGAGAUUUAGUACUUCAUCUAUUACAACUUCGUAUUUUUCAAGUGAGCGAUUUGAAUAUCCUGCUGUAUAUAGAGUAUUGUUUAUGGGCGCAGCAGAACAAGAGGUCAAAAAGAGGUUACUAGAAAAGCUAGGGCAAGGAUUUAUCCAUGUAUUAUUGGAUAAACAGAGAGUGUGGGGAGAUCAACCGAUUGCUCCAUUUAGGGAGAUUAAGCACAACCUUGUUCCAUUAAACAACUACUACUUGGAUCAAAGGAUCCUGUCUGCGAGCUAUGAAGAAUAUGGGGUCUCCAUUAUUGAAGCCGAUUUCACUUGGACCUCGACCGCAGCUGAAUGUUCAGAUGAUCCAGCGCAACUCUUGCUUCAUUACGCUUGGAAGCAAUGCCCUAAUCCUUAUGAGCUACCUUCUGCUCACCUCGGUAAUGAUCUGCCAUCUGAAUUUCAAGGCACCAUGUGUCCUGACAAGACGCCAAAUGGGAUUGACCUUUGUGUUUAUAUCUAUGACGACGAAAAUGACGAUAGAACAAGACGUGACAUGCAAUUGUUGUACAAGAUUCGAAAAUUAGGCAUUUAUGUUUUACCCCUGACCCUGUCCAGGUCAGAAGAGAUCAAGAGUUACUUUGCAAAAGUUUUGACACAGUAUCAGGUGCCCUGUCUCGAUCUCAGUACCAUCCAGAUCGGACAACAACCUUCAUUCCUUCAGUACAAGAAGGCAGCAACUGCAGACAGACUGAGUCGAAUUCAAGAAAUGGAAUGUAGAGAACAGCUGAAUCGACGACCGGCCGUAGCAAGUUAUCAAAUAUUGGCAGUUGAUCAGUUUUGUGCGAUAGAGAAUACGAGUAUUUUGGAACUACUGAAGCGAACGAGAGAUCGAGAAGUGGAAAGAGACGAGAAUAAACGACAGGAUUAUAGAUCGCUACUGCCAUCAGCUACAAAUAGUGUAGAGAGUGAAGAAGUACAAAAAGAGCCAGUCGAUACAACGCGGUCAGACAGAUACCCUAUGAUUAGCAUGCUUAUAAUCGCAGUAUUGGGCAUCCUGUGCGCAGUUUAUUUUGCUUCGUUCAAUAAGGCACCAGAAAUAUGGACAGCACGAUUUGAAAUGAUGAAUGGGAGCGAUCAGAUCAUUUUAAUAACGAGAGAUCCCACGGGACAAUUGAGUUGGUCAAGGACUGAUCCAAUGAUAUGGCUGAAUGAGCAAGAAAGGAUACCCAUUGAGAAGAUGUCAACUGGAUACUAUCAACUUAUUAUAGAUAAUGUCAAUAACUCACACAUACUCACAUUUCAUGUAAAUACAACCGAUGAACAUAUUAUUUAUUUUGGUUCUAGAACUACAUUUUAUAAUAUUGCACCCACGGUAAACACAAGGACAGUCAUCGAAGACGUCCGUACCAACGUAAAUAGUCCACCAAGUCAACAAGAACAACAAAAUCAACAGAGAGAAAAGUUCAAUCUGAGAUCAUCAUUCAAAUAUUAUUUAAGUAAUUUAAAAAUUGUAAUGAAAACUCGUUUUCUUAGUGAAGAAGAUUGA